AUGGAUGGUGCUACUGAGGUCAGGAAAAGACCAAGAGAGGCAGACCAUGAGAUUGCUCACGAAGCAGAGUUAUUAGUUGCACAACAAAGUAAUGCAUUAAAUGGAACUGGUGAGGAUAUUGACGCUUCCACUCAUCCAACUAAAAAAAGAAGAAGACAUGAAUUUGCUGCUAUGACACAGUAUUCAAGUUCUAUAGGAACACAAUAUGAAGGUAUAAAUACUGAAUAUAUUGAGGAAUCGCCAUCAGGUUACAUAAAAAAGAUUAAAUUGAGGAAUUUUAUGUGUCAUGAGAAUUUUGAGAUGGAAUUUGGCCCAAGGUUAAAUUUUAUUGUAGGUAAUAAUGGUAGUGGGAAAAGUGCUGUUUUGACUGCAAUUACGAUAGGACUUGGUGCCAAGGCUAGUGAUACUAAUAGAGGUAACUCUUUAAAAGAUUUGAUUAGAGAAGGUUGUAAUUCUACGAAAAUUACUAUAGUUUUAGAAAAUAGCAAAUAUGGUUCUUAUAACCAAGGGGAAUUCGGAUCUGAAAUUAUAAUAGAGAGAACUAUCAAAAAAGAUGGUGUAUCUCAUUUUAGUUUAAGAGCCGAAUCUGGAAAAGAGAUUAGUUUUAAAAGAAAAGAUAUGCAAACAAUUAUCGACUAUUUCUCUGUUCCAGUAUCCAAUCCAAUGUGUUUUUUAUCACAAGAUGCUGCUCGAUCGUUUUUAGCAGCCUCUAGUCCAGUAGAAAAAUAUGGACAUUUCAUGAAAGGUACAUUACUUCAGGAUAUCAAUGAUAAUUUAGACCGUGCAAGGGAGAUUACUAAAACUGUGCAAGAAAAAAUGACAACUCAUUUAGAUAGUUUAAAUGGAUUGAAAGAAGAAUAUGAAGAUGCAAAAAGUUUAUUAAAUGAGUUGGGUCAAACAAGUAAUUUUACUGAACGAAAAAAACUUCUACAAGGUAAAUCUCUAUGGAUUGAUAUUAAAUUUAAUAAGAAGAAUUGUGAUAAACUGAAAGGAGAAUCUUUAGCAUACAAAAAAAAAAUGAAAGCUAUUGAAGAUAAGAGGAAAGUAAAAACUGAUAAAAUGGAAAGGUAUGAUAAUGAUAAACUAGCCAUGGAAAAAGAAAUUGAAAAUCAAACCAAAUUAGUUUCAGAAAAAGACAGCAUACAUCAACAAGCAAAAGAUUCAUUACGUAAGGUAAGAUUGAAGUACGAUGAAGAGAAACGUAAUCAAUCUGAAGCUGAAAAAAAUAUAGAACAAUGUAAAGAGAAGAUUAAAGUUUUAGAUAAAAAUAUUUUACACCUUGAACAGCAAUUACAAAAAGAAAUGGGAGGUGAUAAAGAUCAAAUGGGUGUUGAUUUAAAAAAAUAUGAAAGCGAAAAUGAGAAAUUAGUUGCUACUGUAGAUAUAUUAACAGUGCAGUUACAAGAUUUACAAAAUGAAGAAUCUAAUAUUAUCCAAGAAGCAAAAACUGAAAUUAAUAGUUUAGAAAAUAGUAUAAGGGAAAAACAAAAUGAACUGAAAGGAAUAUCUGCUGGUAAUAAUAAUUUUUUGCACAAUUUUGAUCAUCGAUUACCUCAACUUCUCCAUUUGAUUGAAAGAAGAUCAAAUGAAUUUAGUCGUAAACCAUUUGGUCCCUUAGGAUCUUAUGUGACGGUAAAAAGUGAAUAUGAGAAGGACUGGACUCGUGCUAUACAAAGAUAUUUAUCAUCCUCUUUGAAUGCCUUCAUUGUUUCAACAUUGGAAGAUAACGAAUUACUUCGCAGAAUGUUUAAGGAAGUUGGUAUUAGAAAUGAUAUUAGAAUUUUCACUUAUCCAAAAUUGGAAGCAUUAGAUUAUUCUUAUGGUAAAGCAAAAUCAAAAUUCCCAGUACUAGUUGACGCAAUUGAAUUUUCAAAUCUUGGGGUUCAGUCCCUAUUUAUUGACCAACAUAAAAUUGAAAAGGUAAUUCUGAUACCGAAUCAUAACGAAGCAAAGAGUUAUCUGGAUAGAAAACCGAUAAAUGUUAAUUUAGCCUUAUCACUUAGAAAUGAGACAUCUGGCUAUCAAUUAGUUGGUGGUUUUAGGCUAGAUACAGUUGAUUAUCAAAAUAAAUUGCAGAUAAAAGUAGGUUCAUCCUCGAAGAAUGAGGAAACAUAUUUGAAGGAAUUCAUUAAACAAGAGACUAAUGAGUUAAAUGCUAAAAAGCAGAGAUAUCAAGAGAGAAUGUCAGAAGUUAGAAAUAAGUUGCGUUCAGUAGUUGAUGAGAGCUCUGAAGCUCGUCUCCAAUUGAAACAGAAUUCUAAACAUAUUACAGAUUUAAAAGUUAAUAUGAAUAAAGUUGUGGAUACUGGUGCGUUGAUAUCCAAACAAACUGACAAAGAUAAUCAAAAAAAGGCAAUUAUUGCAUAUGAAAAUAGUAUUCAACAAAUUAGAAACAAUUUAGAUCAAAUAACUGAAGAAGCACAGCCAUUAAAGGUUAACUUCGAUGAAACUUUAAAUGAUCUCACUGCUUCUCAGAAAUCAUUGAAAGAGGCUAAAGAAGAAGUUAUUAAUCGAGAAUCUUUAAUGGAAAAAUAUCAAUAUGACUUGAAAAUUUACAGUGAAAAAAUUAAAUCAUAUACAGAUAUUAUAAAAAAAAUUGAUGAAAAUGUACAAUCUUUGGAAGAAGGUAUAGAAAAGCAAGUUAUAACUGCUAGCGAAUUUUGUACUCCAGAACGUGUUAAUGAUCCUGAUUUACCAUCUACACAGGAAGAGAUCAAAGAGGAACUAGAAAAAAUCACAAGAAUGAUUAAAAAAGCAGAAAACAAGGCAGGUUUUACCCAACAACAGGCUAUUGAAUUAUUUGAAAAGAGUAGAGAUAAAUAUAGGGAAAGUCAAGAGAAAUAUUUGGCUAUAGAUAAGACACUUGAAGUACUAUAUAAAUCGAUACAAAUUAGGGUUCAAAAUUUACAGACUGCUCAAAAAGCAACAUGCUUAGAUGCUGAUUUAGACUUUAGAGCUUCCUUAAGGGUCAGAAAUUUAUCUGGUAACCUUUCAUUUAAUACCAAAUCCAAGCGACUAGAAAUAUAUAUAUUAACAAGUAAUGGUGGAAAACCACGAACUAUUGAUAAUCUAUCUGGUGGUGAAAAGUCAUUUGCUCAAAUGGCUUUAUUAUUGGCAACAUGGAAACCUAUGAGGUCUAGAAUAAUCGCCUUAGAUGAAUUUGAUGUAUUUAUGGAUCAAGUUAACAGAAAAAUUGGUACAGGUUUGCUUGUAAAGAAACUAAAAAAUCAAACCAGAACUCAAACUAUCAUUAUCACACCUCAGGAUAUCGGGAAAAUUUCUGAUAUAGAUAGCGCAGGAGUUAAUAUCCAUAAAAUGAAAGAUCCAGAAAGACAAAAUAAUUCUAAUUUCUAUGGUUAA